AUCACUAUAAAUAAACAACAACCACUCUGUUUUUUCUCUCUUGGUCCUCCUGGCGCUCAUUUCUUUCAAUUUUCGAUGACUGUCAAACAGAUUUUCCCAGUCGACUACGAGGCCGAAGUCUCACAGCGCCUUCUAGAAGCUUCUCACUCCGCCGAUCUAUCCUUAGCUUUCCACUGUAUUUCCGAUCCUUCUGUUGACGUCAACUUCACCGGCGCCGUCAAUUUGAAAACUAGAACCACCGAGCUACUUCUCAUCCCUCAAUCAUCCAGUCAAGUCCGAGUCCAGUUUCAGGAAUUCGUCACUGACGUCACGCCUCUCUUCCUCGCUGUUCAUGCCGGAAAUGCCUCACUCGUCAGGAAGUUACUGAGUGCUGGAGCUGAUGUAAAUCAAAAGCUAUUCAGAGGCUUUGCAACUACUGCAGCAGUGAGGGAGGGCCACCUUGAUAUUCUUGAGACCUUAAUUAAGGCAGGGGCAUCACAGCCAGCUUGUGAAGAAGCUCUUCUGGAGGCAAGCUGCCAUGAUCAAGCAGGAUGUGGGAAAUUGCUUAUGAGCUCCGAUUUGAUCCGACCACAUAUUGCUGUACAUGCUCUUAUGGCCGCAUGCUGCAGGGGGUUUGUAGACAUGAUUGAAACACUCAUAAAGUGUGGUGUGGAUGCAAGUGCGACGAACCGCAUGCUUUUACAGUCACUUAAACCUUCUCUCCACACAAAUGUGGAUUGUAAUGCACUAGUUGCAGCUGUAAUUCAUAGGCAGGUCAAAGUUGUCAGUUUGCUCCUUCAGAAUGGUACUACAACAGAUUUUGAAGUACGGCUUGGAGCAUGGUCAUGGGACAUUUCGACUGGUGAAGAACUUCGUGUGGGUGCCGGACUGGGAGAACCAUAUGGCAUCACCUGGUGUGCAAUUGAGUAUUUUGAAGAAAGUGGUGCCAUAUUAAGCUUGCUUCUGCAACAUGUCUCCUCAAAUGGUUGUCACCGUGGAAGAACCAUUCUACACCAUGCUAUCCUCUGUGGGAAUGUCGAGGCUGUUAGGAUACUCUUAGAAUGUGGUGCUAAUGUGGAAUCCAUAGUCAAAACAACCAGCAAGACAGAGUUCCGUCCUAUACACAUGGCCUCUCGUCUAGGCUUACCCGCAAUAAUUCAAUGCCUUAUUGAUUUUGGUUGUGAUUUGAACUCUCUUACAGACUCUGGUGACACAGCUUUGAUGAUUUGUGCAAAAUAUAAACAAGAGGAGUGUCUCAAAGUACUAACAAGAGCUGGUGCUGAUUUUGGCUUGGUGAAUAUUGCGGGUCAAUCUGCAAGUUCAAUUGCUGAGUCGUACAAGUGGUCACAUGGUUUUGAACAAGCAAUGUUGGAUGUAAUUAGAAAAGGCAAGAUACCCAAAUCUAGCAAUACUUCUACUUUUUCCCCCUUGAUAUUUGUAUCUAAGUUAGGAGAUACUGAAGCAUUGAAAACUGUCAUUGAAUCCAGAGAAUUUGAUCUUGACUAUCAAGAUGAUAGUGGUUUCUCAGCGGUUAUGCAUACGGCUGUGAAAGGUCAUGCUGAAUCAUUUCGAUUGCUUGUAUAUGCUGGAGCCGAUGUAAAGCUGUGCAAUAAAUAUGGUGAAACAGCAAUAAUGCUAUCUAAAUUGAAUCGGAAUUGUGAUUUAUUUGAAAAAGUCAUGCUUGAAUUUGCACUUGAAAAGGGUAAUCAAAAUACUGGCGGCUUUUAUGCUUUACACUGUGCAGCUCGUCGUGGUGAUUUGCAUUCUGUUACAUUGCUGACCCGCAAUGGUUUUGAUGUGAAUGUUCCCGAUGGGGAGGACUACACUCCACUCAUGUUAGCAGCAAGGGAAGGCCAUGCAUCCAUUUGUAAGGUUUUAAUUUCAUACGGUGCUCAUUGUAAUGCUAAAAAUACAAGAGGUGAAACUGCACUUCUACUUGCAAGACAAUUCUCAGGAGGAAAAAACGAUGCAGAGGGUGUUAUAUUUGAUGAACUUGCUCGUAAAUUGGUAUUAGACGGCGCCAUUGUUCAGAAGCAUACAAAAUGUGGGAAGGGGAAACCACAUGUGAAACAAUUACGUAUGUUGGGUUCGUCUGGUGUGCUUUGUUGGGGUUUGUCAAGGAGGAGAAAUGUGCUCUGCUGUGAUGCGGUUUUAGGGCCAAGCUCAAAAUUGCGUAGAAAUAGGUACAACAAAGGUGAUGCAGAAGAACCUGGAAUGUUUAGGGUGCUUACUAAUAAGAACAGGGAAGUGCAUUUUGUAUGUGAGGGGGGGUUGGAAGCUGCUGAGCUUUGGGUGAGGGGUAUUAAACUUGUAACCAGAGAGGCUAUUUUUCAUAAGGAGAUAGGCAUAUGACUAUAUGAGUAGUAUUUUAAGUUGAUAAUUGGAUGUAGGUAUUUCCUGUUUGGGGCAAUACUUCAUCUCGAAGUAUUUUAGCCAGUGUUUUAAAAACCGGACCGGCCGGUCGGACCGGUUGAACCGGGAACCGGAGGGUAACCGGUCUGGUUCGACAAUCAGACCGUCCAUGUUAUUGAACCGCAGUGAACCGGUGUGAACCGGAAUAAACCGCAGAAAACCAGUGAACCGGCGGUUUAUUCAAACCGGCCGGUUCAACUCAAAUUUGGAUUUUUUUUUUAGAAUUCGUUUUUUUUUUAUGUUUUUUUUUUUCAGAACGCGUUUUUUUUUUUUAAAUCAAGUUAUUCCAUUUUUUUUGGCACAACAUGUGUUUUCAUUUAAUGUGUAAAAAUAUUAGAAAAGUGGCACCAAUGAGUGUUGAACCCUUGACCUUUAGAUGAAAGUAAAGGAUUGCUACCACUAUGCUGCAAAUGUUACUUGUUAAUAAAUUUACAUUUUAUUUUAUAUAUU